AUGGCCGCCACGGCGCCUGAUGUUGUGAGGUCAUUGCUGCGGACGGCGGCAGCGGCCAUCGUCCUGCUCGUCGCCGUUGGAGCGUCGACCGUACUGCACCUGGCAGCCGCCGCAGUGCCACCGCCGGACGCAGCCCAGCAUGGUGUUACACUAAGCGUCAGCCAGCGGCAGGUAACUGUGGACAACGGCAUGGUGCAAGUGACGCUUUCAACGCCGCAGGGACACAUCACCAACGUCCGCUACAACGGCGAGCAAAACCUUCUGUACUACACUGGCGGGGCCAACACUGCAGGGUAUUGGGACGUGCUCUGGGACUAUCCCGGAUCAGGUCGGCCAGGAGUGCUCAACAUGUUGGACGGUUCAGAGUUGAGGGUAGUAUCCUCAAGCGAAGAGAAUGUGGAGCUUUCUUUCAGGAGCAACUACAAUCCGUCGCUCCCAAACAGCGUCAGGCUAAACAUCGAUAAGAGGUUUGUGAUGCUGAAAGGCAGCUCUGGUUUCUACUGCUACGCCAUCUUGGAGCACGCCAGCAGCUAUCCUGCUCUCAUCGUCGCCGAGUCUCGGGUCACCUUCAAGCUCAACACGGACAUACGAUAUACAGAGGUACAUGCCCAGCGCAGCAGACAGAGUUGCGCCACGUUGCGCUCCACUGGCCUACAAGGAGGCCGUCCUGCUGGUCGACCCCAUGGAGCCACAGUUCAAGGGGAGGUGGACGACAAGUACCAGUACUCGCUGGACAACAAGGACAACGCCGUCCAUGGCUGGAUCGGCGGCGGCCGCACCAGCACCAACCCGGCCAUGGGCUUCUGGGUCAUCACACCCAGCAACGAGUUCAAGAGCGGCGGCCCCAUGAAGCGAGAGCUCACCUCCCACGUCGGACCCGUCUCCAUGGCCGUGUUUCUAGGGACGCAUUACACUGGGAUCGACAUAAUGCUGAACCUGGGCGACGGCGAGUACUGGAAGAAGGUGCUGGGCCCGGUAUUCAUCUACCUCAACUCCAACCCCAACAAUGGCAGCGACAUCCGAGCUCUCUGGGACGACGCCAAGGCGCAGGCGCGAGCGGAAGCCGGCAAGUGGCCGUACAGCUUCCCGGAGUCGCCGGACUUCGCCAAGGCGGGCGACAGGGGCACGGUCACCGGCACCCUCCUGGUCAGGGACGCGUUCGCGAGCAAGGGCGGCGACGUGCCUGCUGCAACGGCGUUCGUCGGGCUCGCCGCGCCCGGCGGGCAGCCUGGCUCCUGGGCGACGCAGUGCAAGGGCUACCAGUUCUGGACGACGGCGGCGGCCAGCGGCCGGUUCAGCAUCAGCGGCGUCCGGGCUGGGACGUACAGCCUCUACGCGUGGGUUCCCGGGUUCCUCGGAGACUACGUGCACACCUCCACGGUGACGGUGACGCCAGGGGGCGCCGUUGACCUUUGCACCCUUGUGUUCGAGCCGCCGAGGUCGGGCCCGACGCUGUGGGAGAUCGGCGUGCCGGACCGGACCGCCGCGGAGUUCUUCGUCCCCGACGCCGACCCCAGAUACGCCAGCAAGCUCUUCAUGGACAAGGACAGGUACAGGCAGUACGGCCUGUGGGAGAGGUACGCCGAGCUGCACCCGGCUGGAAAUGACCUCGUUUUCACAGUUGGUCAGAGCGACUACUCAAAGGACUGGUUCUUCGCACAUGUCACAAGGAUGGUUGGCAACGUCAGUACACCGACGACACGGCAGAUACGCUUCAACCUCGACCACGUCGUGGCAAACGGCACCUACACUCUGCGCAUUGCUCUUGCAGCUGCUCAAAUGUCCAGACUCACGGUGCGCGUGAACGGCAGAGCGACUAGGGAAGCCGUGUUCAGCACGCCGGAGUUCGGCGACGGCAACGCCAUCGCGCGGCACGGCAUCCACGGCGGCGUGCAGUGGAGCUUCGAGUUCCCCAUCAGGGGCUACCUGCUGCAGCAAGGCAAGAACAGCAUCAGCAUCACGCAGACGAGGGCGUUCGGGCCCUUCUUGGGGGUCAUGUACGACUACCUCAGGCUGGAAGGGCCUCCGCCGGCGUGA